AGUCAGCCCUCCCCAUCCGACCUCCAACCUCCAACCUCCAGCACAUCCGCAACCUCAUCACCAUCACCAUCACCAAAGAACUUGGUGCAACGCCAUCCGCGGCCAGAGUCAUAGUCAUAGCCAGAUUUAGCAUGAGCAUUGCCCGUACCAUUGGCAUGGGCAUUCGCAUGAGCACCGAGGCCUCCGUACAGCACACUACUAAACUACGCUUGACUUUAUACACCUCCCCUCCCCUCCCCUCCCCUUCGCGCUCGGCUUAUCCCUCGCCGCAAACUCCCGUGCACUGCACCCUCUGCACUGUCUGCACGGCGGUGGGCUAGCCAGCCGGUCACUCUAGCCAUCCUGGUCGUCGAUUACAGUGCGUAUCCGUUACUGCCACUGCUACUGCCACUGCCUCCUUUGCCCGUCGCAUACCAUCCCUACCCUACUCCGUAACCAACAUCUCCCUCCUUCUACCCCUCCUCUCCCGCCAUCCACCUUAUCGAUACCAACCUCACGAGCCACCAACCGACGGUGUACACUUGACGACCCGGAAGAGGGAGAGACAUCGUAUCCAGUCCCAUCCCCAGAAUUCGUACGGUUACUGCACACUUUGACGCUGCUGCUGGACAAGUGGUGUCGCGAAUAUCUUCACAAGCCAAGGCGAGGCGAGGCAGAAAAGCACAGAGCAACGGCAACCAGCAUCCAUUGCGGCUCCCCUCGACCUACCUGAUCCGGCGGGUUGAUAGUCGCGCUGACGCAAGAACUAUCCGCUCUCUCUCCUCAUCUCGUCGGUCUUGAUGUGUUGAUACGAAAGGCCAACUUUUUCUUCCUUUUCAUCGUCCCAACCUCCUCAUCUCAUCUUGUUCCGACCGCUUGGAGAGGCUUCUUUUUCGCUCCCGCCUCCGACGAUCACCAACCCCUUCGUCAUAUAUCCCCGGUUAUCAAAUAGCAACACCCCACCAGCACAAUGACAAUGACUACUUUUCGUCCGGUGAAUACAUCUCUUGCACCCGAUUUACAGACUCGAAAUGAGGAAGAUACCGCACCAACAACACCCCGACCAAACACGGCACCUAGGACACAACCUGUCGUAAUGCCUCGAGACGAUGCAACAACACCCACUCGAGCCAACUUUGGCUCCUUGCCUAGCCAACGGCCCCUCCCCGCAUCAUCCCCUUUUCCAUCCACCAACUCGAUACCCGAAAACGAAGAAUCCCCGAAACAGAGUCUAAAUCGAGGCAACUCCCAGUACUCAGCCAAGUCGAAAGACUCGCAGGAUGUCGAAAUGGGUGCCGACUCGGAAGAAGGAGAGGAUGGGUCGGAUGACGAAAGUGUUAUCAAUGCGGAUGGAACAAAGUCAUCGAAGAAGAAAAAGUCACAGAGAUUUUAUUGUACCGACUACCCUCCAUGUGGGUUGAGCUUUACCCGCAGCGAGCAUCUUGCUAGACAUAUAAGGUAAGAGUCGAGAGACUGGGAAACGAUCUGCGAUAUAUACAUAUACUAAUAGUUGUAGAAAACAUACUGGCGAACGUCCUUUUCAAUGCCACUGCUCUCGUCGAUUCUCGCGACUCGACAAUCUUCGACAACAUGCUCAGACGGUUCACUUGAACGAAGAGAUUCCUCAAGACUCGCUAGCAGCAACUGGCACCAGAUUCCAACGACAAGUCCGAACAGAUAGGGUCAGACCUCCAGGAAGUCGGUCGAGAGCUGCAACUACAACUGGUCAGAUCAGUCAGGGUCGGGGACACACAAGAAACUCCUUAUCGGCAUCAAGCAUAUCGUCUGUCUCCUCAAUAUAUAGCCAGAGGGAAGAUGUAAGAAGACGGCCACCACCUUUGGUUAUGGCGGGAGAGUCUCGAGGGAGGUUUUCUCAGGAGAUGUACCCUCGACCUGAAAGUCCAGCUCACUACCAGUUUCAGCAAAAUUCACCUGGAUUUAGCACACCGACCUCGGCUACUUUCUCAACCGGCCAGAACAGUCCGCGAUGGGGUGCUUCUGGAAUACAAUCUCCGAUGUCCUCGCAUGCCCGCACCGCAAGUCUUUAUGGACAUAGAACCCCAGGUCGCAGACUGUCUGUGCCGUCGGCUGGGAAUCCAUUCCAGUCACCACAUGGUAGCGCAUAUGGUCCUCAAUCAGCCUUGACCCCCUUGAGUGCUACCAUGGGAUCUUUCUCCCCUUCGAGCAGCAUUAUGCCAAGUCCUACAAGUUCAACGGCAGGAUCUUUCUUCUCUCGAAGGGAAUCGAUGACUAGCACUUCAGACGAGGCCUGGAGACGACGAACAUGGCAUCCUGAUACCAACACUGGAUUUACGAGUAGACUUCAGGUUGUUACCACACCAAACUACUACUCCAAUGGCCCACCCCCACAACCUCAGUCUGUCCUCCCAAGUAAUGCUCCCCCCUUACAGCCAAUGCGCCUUCCUGGUAUUGAAAGCUUUGAUCCUCUCCCCCCACGCCCGACCACUCCUGUGCGCCGUCAGCCAAGUCCGAUGAUGCUCGACGCCACAAGUCGUGAAGCUCAACCUGUUGAACAGCAAACGAACGAAAGACCCAGCAGCCAACAUUGGGACAUGGGUAUCAACCGCAAUCUCAAUCGACUCGACCUUGCACAGGGUACACCACCAAGUGACACAGCCAGUUCGUGGGCUUCCGAGGUCAACAGAGCUGUGCAAGCACAAGCAGAACAACCUCGAGCGCAGCCUUCUGUUCGUUUCGAAGAAUCCCAGUACUCGGCUAGAGCACAGACGAAUAGAGCGUUCCACCAGCAUACGAUCAGUGCACCACCAAUCACUCCAAGAGAAUCAAAGCGCCAUGGUUGGUAUCACGGUCCUGUAACGGUUCAAAGAGGCCUUAUACAGCGAACGUCUCCAGCAGAUUCAAGCAGCUCUGAGGGAGCCCUCCCCGGAACACCAGGCAGCUCACACGUGAUAGAGGUCAAUCCCAGUAUCGUACACGCUAAUGGCUGGGUUGAGAACCGUAACGGACUUGUGAACCCGCAUCAGGAUCCUAGAGAGCCAGCAUCGAAUGGUUACGCAUCUUAUUAUCGUCAGAAUGGACCGGAAGGGUCCUAUACUUAUACCCCUGCCAACAACCAGGGACACAUUCGUCACCAACAUCAGGUUCCAAAAUCAACAGAUAGCAAUAUGCUAAGACUAGAGGCGUUGGUGGCUGUGGCUACUAGCGAGGAAAAUGCGGCAACUCCUAUAUAUUGAGAGAAUCCACAAUGGGGAUUUCCAUCGGCGGGAAACAUCCGAGGAGGAUGUUUUAUGUGUUGGAUUGUAUAUAUUAUUACGCCUUCCCUCACUUCAUUCAUAAGAUACCCGCGUCUUUUUAACACGCCACGACCGUUACGAAUACACACGAAGAUUAUGACACGACAUACUUAUGCCAAGACGGUUUUCAGAUCCACCACUGGGGACGGAGCGGUUGUUGCAUUGACUAAGGCGUUUAUACGGGUACAUUGAUUUUCUCACAGAUUGUUUCAUCUUGUCACUCAUAUCAUUCUCAUGCAUGGGAUUUCUUCCUCGUUUGAUUUUGCUCAGCAAACACCAUUCGUUUGGGACAUCCCCGUGUACCUGGGGACCCUUUGCUGUGAUUCUUCAUUUUCCUUCUCUGGUCUUUGGGAUAUGGGAAGGAGCCUCUGGGCGGCUGGGUACAUGAAAGAGAGAGGAGUGGGAGCGGGAUUGUGUGUUGUUUUGAUUUCCUUACUUAUACCCACGCGAUUGUACUGUUUUUUCGCUCUACUCUGGUAGGAACUCGGAAUGCUUUUGAGUGGGAUUUUGGGAUGGAUGGACAAGGAUCACGUAUAAUAUUUUGCUUGUACUCUUUUGUUUGCUAUUUAUUAGUAGCAUGUCUUGAAUUUAUAUCUAUAUCUAUAUCUAUACCUACCUAUAUCUGAUAUCCGUAAAAGUCCCUUCUCUUUCUCUCCUC